AAUUAUUCUGAAAACCAGGUAAAAGGAAGUGACGUAUUCUUGCAGCGGCAUCUUCCGGUCUCUUUUCGUUGAGGCUCAGCCUGCGGCCGGCCUGCAAACAUGCAGAUCUUCGUGAAGACAUUGACAGGGAAGACCAUCACUCUUGAGGUCGAGCCCAGUGACACUAUCGAAAAUGUCAAGGCCAAGAUUCAAGACAAAGAAGGAAUCCCCCCUGAUCAGCAGCGUCUGAUCUUUGCUGGAAAACAGCUUGAGGAUGGGCGUACCCUAUCAGACUACAACAUUCAGAAAGAGUCAACCCUCCAUCUGGUUCUCCGUCUGCGUGGUGGAAUCAUCGAGCCCUCCCUGAGACAGCUGGCCCAGAAAUACAACUGUGACAAGAUGAUCUGCCGCAAGUGCUACGCCCGUCUGCACCCUCGUGCCGUCAACUGCCGCAAGAAGAAGUGUGGCCACACCAACAACCUUCGCCCCAAGAAGAAGCUGAAGUAAACAUUUAGUUUGCAUUGGCGCUGUAUGCCAUUUUGUGUUAAAAUAAAUGUUAGAAAAUUA